CCGCGUUACCCUUAUACAGCAGAUAUCAUCCCCCUCUCCCAUAUGAAUUACCCUAUUCCGUAUAUUCCGUGUUUUCUCGAAUUUUUCGACAGGGAGAACUCAAAUGAGCUAUGUGAAAUCCAUUCCUUUGAUUUGAUUAUGUCGCUGUGCUCUCUUGUGUCCUCUCUUCUACAUAUUCCCAUUCAUUUCAUUUCUUUUUCUCGUGUCCCGUCGUCUCCCUCCAACCGUCAUUGCAUUUACCAAUCUCAUCAGGCCAAUGCGGCUAAAGAUCCUUACCCUGACCGAGUCCCAUCUCCUUCCCGUACCCAAACUCGUCAUCUAUAAAGAUACUCUCCAUUAUUAUCCUCGUCCGCACCCCACGUAGCAAUGACUCUCGCAUGUCCACCACCGUUCAUGUCUAUCCAUCCCCUCACCUCUUUCCCCAGUUUCACCGCUCAGGUCAGUG